UCCAUGUCAUCUCUUCUUGCCAUGUCAAUGGAACUCACGGCUUCAUUCUCCCUCCCCCUUUCCCUCCUUCUCCCUCUCUUCUUUCUCCUCCUUGCCAUAUUCCAACAACGUUUCCCCCUGUCGUCUUUGAAAAGUGCGGUUUACGUUGCGCUGGUCGAGGACAGGAAGAGGUGGGUCCAGAGGACUUCAGACCUCAUCGGGCUCUCUCCCACAGCCACGUACGCCACCCACAGUCUGUUCGGCAAGCGCCGGAUACUUACUGGCAAUCCAGCCAAUGUGCAGCACAUCCUUAAGACCCGAUUUACUACUUACGAGAAGGGCUACUUGUUCCGAGGCGUCUUUGGGGAGAUUCUUGGAGACGGGAUCUUCAACAUUGAUGGCGACUCCUGGAAAUUCCAGAGACAGGUGUCGAGCCACGAAUUUAACACGAAAUCUCUCCGGAAAUUUGUCGAGACAGUCGUCGACAUGGAGCUGAAUGAUCGGCUCAUCCCUCUCCUGUCUGAGGCUGCCAGAAAGGGGACCGUACUUGACAUGCAAGACAUUCUCCAGAGAUUCGCUUUCGACAAUAUAUGCAAGAUAGCCUUCGGUCAUGACCCCGCCUGUCUUUUGCCAUCCCUUCCUGAGGAAAAAUUCACUCAAGCUUUCGACGAGGCUGUCCAAUUGAGCAGCCAGAGGUUCUCCAUGCCAUUUCCAAUGUUAUGGAAAAUCAAGGGCUUGCUUAAUAUUGGAUCAGAAAAACGGCUGAAAAUCGCAGUAGCUGAAAUCCGUGAGUUUGCUCGGAAAAUAAUCAAACAGAAGAAGAGGGAGCAGCUAAGCGGGAGCUCAUCCCUUGAGACGCAAGAUCUCUUGUCCCGUUUCUAAAGCUCUAGUCACUCUGAUGAAGAAUUUGUCAUCGACAUUGUCAUUAGCUUCAUAAUCGCUGGCCGGGACACAACAUCAGCAGCUCUGACAUGGUACUUUUGGCUAUUAUCACGUAACCCGCACGUGGAAAAUCAAGUGCUCAGAGAAAUAAGGGAAAAGUCCGAGACGCCAAUCUAUGAGGAUGUGAAGGACUUGGUGUAUACCCAUGCCUCACUUUGUGAGAGCAUGCGGUUUUAUCCACCGGUCCCGCUCGAUACUAAGGAAGCAACAAGCGAUGACAUCCUACCCGAUGGAACAGUCAUAAAAAAGGGCACAAGAGUCACAUACCACCCGUAUGCAAUGGGAAGAUCGGAAAAGAUAUGGGGACCCGACUGGGCUGAGUUCAAGCCCGAGAGGUGGCUUGAGAAGGUGGAUGAGGCUGAUAGAAAAUGGAGUUUCGUAGGGAGGGAUUCCUUCACAUACCCAGUGUUUCAGGCCGGGCCAAGGAUCUGCCUUGGCAGGGAGACGGCGUUUCUCCAAAUGAAACGGGUGGUUUCUGGGGUUCUCCGGCGGUUCCGAAUUGUCCCAGUGGCAGAGGAGGGGACCGAACCAGUUUUCCUCGCGUACUUGACCUCAAAAAUGGAAGGCGGGUUUCCAGUUAGGAUUGAGGAUAGGGAAGACUGAGGGAUUAUGGUCAAUUUUGGCUUGACCUUUUCUUAUGGCGUAUAUGAACUUAUAGUUGGCUCUUUCGUUUCUUUCAAGUAAUAAGCUUUAUGUUGUCGUGUUAAUUUCUUUAGUUGACAAUCAAUCAUUCUUCGAACUUGUGUAUGAACGGAAACUUUAACAAUUAAGACAGUUAUGUGAGUAAGCUAGCUAAGAUCCUCAGGCUAAACUUCGUAUAUUCCUCAAAUUAAAUCGAAGAUGAAUUCAUCAACAGUCGACAAGAAAACCGUAAAACCAACACCUUUGCUCUCACCUCAUGGCAAUCCUCAUUCUCUCAGCCUAAAAGACUUGCACAUGCUCAAGAAUUAGAUUUUCACCCUCUGCUCACUGAAGGGAGCUUAAAGAAGCAAAAUCUCACCUGAUG